ACGCUGCUUUUCACAUGUCACUCGCCGUCCUUUGUGUGUUGGUUUUGCUUGGGUUCAGGCGGCGGGACGUCUUAUAUAUUUUUCUGUUCUUAUGUGCGGCGGCGAAUAGCAAUGUGGACGAGAGGAUGCUUCAUUGAGACUGUUUACGCUCCUCUGCCUCUGUGUGCUGUCCAGCUGUGCCGUCCUCCUCCUUUGCUUCUCUCAAUCAGUGACGACGCAAAGGAGACUGCUCUCCUGAACGCACACACACACACACACACACACACACACUCUACUACACUCUGCGUACAUCCAGGUUACUCAGUCAUUAUUAUAUAAUUGCUUUUAACUCCCAAAGGGCUUUCAUUCAGAGCGGUGCAUUUAUUACACACAUAAAUGUGUAUAUAUAUGUAUAUAUAACAUCGGGUUUAGACAUAUAACAUCAGAGAUGAUAAUACAGAGAUGGGGUUUUGAUUCCGAGUGGUGACCAUAACCUACAUGUAGCAACAUCACACAAAGCUGGCCUGUGUGACAGAGGGCAGCCAGCUAACACAAAUCAGAUGACUGGGCCAAGCUUUGAGGUCAGCCGGCUGAUUUUCGGCUGUCAUUCUCAGUGGAAGUCCGUAUGUUGGAGGCAAUUAUCAGCGGCUAAAGAGAAAGAGAGCCGUGUGUCUUGAGGAUAGAGAGUUUGGGAGAGCAACAGCUCAUUCCAUCGUUGAUACAUUGUAAUGUCUCCGGGAUAAUCUUGCCGGUUAGUCAUCAUUUCGUCUGUAUUUUCGUUUAUAUUUCAGAUUCAAAGUGAUCUUACGGGAUGCUAUUAAGUCAGUCAGUACACAUUAUCAUGUGAGUUAUUUUCAUCUUUACGCAUGGAUUAUUCAGAUGUAUUUCCUGACGUUGAUUCGAUUAUCCCACAAACAUCCGCGGCCCAGUUAACGCACCGUGCCCAGUUUCACACUUGAAUCUCACUAUACAUGCUACUUACAUGCAUGAAAUUCGUCAGCAACCGCACAUCGAGUAUAAUGAAGUUAUUCCAGUUCGUUGAGUUAUUCCGUUUUAAUGUGUCUCAUUAAGAGGACGGAUGAAACACUGAGGCAUUCAGCAAACUGCUCGGUGCAGUCGUACCUCCCUGCCACAUAAUGGAGGCAGAGUUUAGUUAAACAGUUUCUGCCGGAGAACGGCAUUCCCACUAACGUGUAUUUUCCUCGGUGAUGGCUUCACGGGAGAAAGCCAUCUUUGGUUUAGCAGACACAUCAAUGACAGUCUGAUGGCUUUGUGCAGCUUGUUCACUGCAGUGUGCAGAACUGGUUCAGUGUGAGAGCUCAGCCGGUGGUCUUCCUGAUUGUAGCGUGCUGUCGAGCCCUCAAGAACAAAAACCGAGCUUGACUUCUACAUAUUACGCUCCAAGCAUUUGUGGCAGCCUGUAUUUAUAUGCAGUAACAGUGUGAUUCCUGCCCCCCCCCUCCCAGCCUGGGGUUCUGUAUAUGUUUGCAUGUACAAACAAAUGUUUUUGCACACAUUAGUACAUGUGCACAUGCUGUAUGCAGAUAUAUGCAUAUGUUCCCGAGCGCGUGUUUUAGUAUGUUCCAAUCCCAGAAGCCUGAACGAAAGGAUGGCAGAGCGAGAAAUAGAGCCGUUAGUCAUUUUCACAGCCUUAAACAUGGACAAGAUGGGGAGAUGGGUAGAGCCAAUGUGAGAUGGAGAGAUGACAAACAUUGUGAGAAAGGGAAAAGCACAUAAGAUGACUGAAACGAAAAGGGACCGACAGUCUGCUCUUGUCCAUUUUCCAAUAUUUAGUGUACUAGUUUAUUCUGGGGGACUAAACCUCUUAUGCAGAAUUUAUUCCCUUUUCCAGGACUUUGCCCUUAAAUCCUGCUGUUGGACUGUUCUUAUGUAAUGCACUGGACAAAAUUGAAUUCAUGAAAUUCAACACUGAUGUAUAAUGACAUGAAAUAUAGUGUUAUAAUAUUCAUAAUAUAUCCGUGUUGCAGGGAAGGGCCAGAAUCAAUGCAGAGCUUUGUACAGUAUAUUUCUGCUACUUCCUCCCCGUCUCUCCAUUGUUCCGUCUCUGUGUAAUUACUCUGUCAUAGAUCAUCUCCGUGAGGUCCAUUGAUUUACUGAGAGCUGGUGAAGUGGAGCAGAGCAUUUGAUCAGACACACGUACGGGGGAGGGAGGGAGCAGCGGGUCAGUGCCGCACCCAUGGGCCACUCCACUGUGGGACAAUAGGUCUGAACCGUUGGCGGGUUCACACGGGGGGGGGACGGAGAAACAGCCACAGUCGGAACACUCGAUCAGCAACACUGACUCACGACCACACAAAUACAAACAUCCAAGCAAGCAGGGGUUCAGGACCAUUGCUUGUUUGUUGUCUAUAAAUAGUUAUCUAUUUUGAGGCAAUUUGACAUUUUCAAAUGUAUUGUUGCCGUCCUGAAUACCAGGUAUCUCCAAAUUUGGUGAUUUUUUUAGCACACUUGAUUUGAGCGUCUGCACUUCUUUUCGUCAAAGUGAUCGAUCUGAAAAGAAGUUGCAGCAUGAAAGGAAGAGAGACGGACGGGCCUUGAUAUCCAAGGCCUUGCAUUCAGUGAGUUUUAAUUCUUUGAAAGUUGUGGUGCCCGUCGACAAAAUUGAAGGUUAGAAUAUCGACUUCAAUCCAGCUCGCCGUUGUGAAUGAAAGACGGUCGUAAGUAGGCUGCGUCAAAGACAUUCAGCAACGUUGCUCUGAAUCUUUUCAACUCUGUCUGGUAGCGGAUGAAAGACGAGCAUAUGCUCAUGAUAGGGCAGCGUUGCAUGUUGUCAAUAAUUGAAUCACUCACUCGCUCUUUCCUGCCCUGAAGGCCGUAGUGCAGAGUCUAUAGGAGCAACAAGAGAGGAGAGCUUUCAAGCAUCAGUCCUAAAGGUCUCUUUCUGUCCUUCUGCUCUCAUACAGUACUCUUUUAUCUCUGUCUAUAUAUAUAUUUAUAUUUCUUUUACACAAACAUGCAGAAGAGCUGACGCCACUGCCCCGUCUCUCUGUUUUAUCUGCGUGCCUGUCUCUCUACAGUAAGCUGCUUUACGAAAAUGAAAUGGAGGGCCGGCUAUAGAGGGAUGGAGGGAUGGAGUGAUGGAGGGAAAGAUCUCUAAUGCUUCUCUUUGCGUAUCAUUUCCUCUCACUUCACUUCCUGUGCCUACACUUCUAGACAGAGCGACGCUGUCUUUAGAUUCAGACAACCAGACAUCUUAAAGGGAUAGACGUUUUACAAAACCGGUAUAUGUCAUCAUAUUGCCCAUACACUUCAUGGGAGGGAUCACCUUUCAUAUUUAACAGCAGAAGUAUCUAAUUAAACUAUCACGUACAGCCCACAUUCACUGCAGUAACAGAAAUUAUUCUCGAUCUUGCCGUCCUCCUGAUUGCAGUAAUAUCCAUAUCCUCUCUACUUGAGUCACUGGAACGUUGAUGCGAGUUCAAUUUGCUCUUCUCUCCGUCCCGUCAGUCUCUUCAUCUUCCUCUCCCUCUGCCCUCUGUUCUUGCCGGCCCUCUAUCAACACCUACUUGUCCAACGUGUGUCACCCUCUCUCCAUUUCGCCACCUACCACUCUGCGAUGCAGACUUGUAGAAGCCUUCCGGGAACGGCCCAAAUCCACCGACUAUUUCCCUCCGCGUCCCUCCCUCUCUUCCUCCCGGGGCCUCGGUGCAGGCAGGUGGUGCUCCUCUAAACGGGUGAGCGGAUAGGCAGGGGAAUAACUUUUCAGAGGCGAGGCCUUCCAGGGACCGUCUCUCCCACCUUCUCUCAUGACCCACGCUGUCUGUCUGCUGUACACUUGGCUCAUGAUCUUGCGCAUACCCCGCCCACACACACACACCUUGGCUCGCAUCUGACAUGGAUUUUUCUCACAAAUUCACAUCGUUCUACCAAUACACUUUCUGUUUGAGUGUGUGUGCGCAUGCACGGAAACCGUAUCUGCACAAACUAAUGCUCAUAUGCACAUGCGAGAUGUAAAAGUCGUGCUGCUACGUGAUUCGGUACAGAAGGCUAUUGUUCGUUAUUCACAGGAAACGAAAACAUUGAGAUAGUUUUCUGUAUUCCUCUCCUGCCACAGUGAUUACAAAUAAACUCCCAUAGAAAGAAUAGCCUUGCGUGCACCUACAUUAUAUUUUGGAGCAGUUGCACUCCAAACAAGCCUAUGAGGUAUGAUAUUAUCAUGACCCAGACCAGAGGAAUGAGGAAAUCCCCCCUGAGUGUUUAGUCUCCAGGCCCUGGCUUUGUAGUUAACCUUUACCCAGCCAUUCUCCAGAACAGCAAGGCACGCAGGUCUGUUUACUUGUGAUAAGAGCAAGCAACUCUAAUCCACUGCAUCAGUGGGGGGAACAAGUACAUUAAACCUCCUCCAGUUUCACCUCCCCAAAUGAUACUAAAAUUGUUUUGGAGCUGGAGAAAACCCUCCGUCUAUAAUGGGGUGCAAAGACCUCUCCACUGUAUAGCACACAAUGAAAUCCAUUGUCCACUGGCUCCUGUAGAGUUUCACUUGAGUCUUUAUACACAUUGUGACGUCUAUGCAAUUUCUGGUGAAUGAUUGAGCUGAAAUAUUCCCCUGUCGUUCAGAAAGCAUUUUAAUAGGAAGUACUGAAGCUGCUCCGUGCCCAGCUGGACUUGUUUCCUUGUAAUAAUUUCACAGAUUUCUUUUUUUUUUUUCGUGCUCAAACAUCAGUUUGGAAGCGUUUGUUGACAGCAUGUCUUAGCUGUGACAUCAGUCUUUUCUCACUGUUUCGCCAGCUAUGCAAAAACAGCCGUACAAUACAUCUGGCAGUGCGCUCCCUCCUUAAACCAUGGCCGGCCACAUUUUCUCCCUCUCUCUCUCUUGCUCCCUCUUUUCCAUUUUUUUGUGCCCUUCUCCGCUGGUUUUUCUUGGAGUCCAUCUCUCCGGCCAAGGACCCAGCAUUUUCCCACAGAGUGCGGUGCUGAAGGCUGAGCCUUUGUUUCCUGCUCUACGGGGACACAUGGUGGGAGGAGGAGGCAGGCUGACUUCCUGGCUGCCAACUCGGGGUCUAUGUCAGUGUGAGAAAAAGCAGGGGAGACAGAUCUGAUGAUGACAGAAGAGCUGCGCAUCCUAGGGACUGACUUCAGCUAAAAAAAAUAUAUAGAAUUUGCUAUAUUUCUCAGACAGUUGCACCUAAAUAACUUCAUAUCAGGCUGUCAGCUGUUUCCUUCCUUCACCCCUUUUUUGGCCUAAUUCUUUGUUGUCCUACUAGGAACGGAGACAGUAGGAGUCAGCACUGUCCUUUACUGUACAUUAGAUGUGUCGUGAGCAUUUGUUUUUGCAAUGUUUUCCUCUGAAAAUAACUUUGUGAUCAUUGUUGUAGAAAUACGACAGCAAAACUAUAAGCGUGAUGUAUAAUCAUGAAGAUAAAAGUAGCGUGGUGACAAAGGAGGUUAAAAAGAAGCCCUUCCAAAAAGUACCAUUAGUGCUAUAAAUGCACAUUUGAGCACUUAUUUGCUAUAGGAUAUAUUCUGUAGGAUCAUUUGUCGACUUUACAUUGUAGUAUUAUUAUGUAGUAUUUUAUUUUGAAGCUCCAUAUCCAGCCCCUUGACUCUUACCUUCAUAAGUCCAUGUCAUGAGCAUAGUGUUUAUGCAUAACGUCCUCACUGUGUAACGUUCCUCUGGACUAUGGGCAGGCUUGUCCUUAAAAAACGGCGCUGUCUUUUUAAAUGGGAUGUGGAGAGGGGUGUGUUAGUAGCAACAGACAUCCUUUGGGAGCGGUGUGGUUUAGCUCAGAGGGCAGAGGCUCCAGCCACGUUCCCAGAGACUCAAAAAUAGUCUGGAAAAAACACUGAGACCAGCCGCCGGUGAGGAAUGCAACCCGAAGUGGAGUUGUGCGUUUUGGGGAAUCCAGCUUGGAGAGGUGCUGCUGGACCAUGUUUCACAUAUUCAGUAGAUCAUCUCAUCUGAUGCCAAGGCUGAAGGAGUCUCGCUCCCAUGAGUCAUUGCUCAGCCCCAGUAGCGCUGUGGAAGCCCUGGACCUAAGUAUGGAGGACGAGGUUGUCAUCAAGCCUGUUCACAGCAGCAUCCUCGGGCAGGACUACUGCUUUGAGGUCACCACCUCCACAGGAAGCAAAUGUUUUUCGUGCCGUUCGUCAGCCGAGAGAGACAAAUGGAUGGAGAAUCUGAGGAGAGCGGUACAACCCAACAAGGACAACAGUCGCCGGGUGGAGAACCUGCUGCGGCUCUGGAUCAUCGAGGCCAAGGACCUGCCGGCCAAAAAGAAAUACUUCUGCGAGCUUUGUCUGGAUGACUCGCUCUACGCCCGCACCACCUGCAAACUCAAGACCGACAAUGUCUUUUGGGGAGAGCACUUUGAGUUCAACAACCUGCCCGCUGUCAAAAGUGUCACGGCCCACCUCUACAAAGACACGGACAAGAAGAAGAAGAAAGAUAAAAACAAUUACAUUGGACUCGUCAAUAUCCCCGUCGCGACGGUUACCGGACGACAGUUUAUGGAGAAGUGGUAUCCCGUCAGCACGCCCACCCCCCCGAAGGGCAAGCUGUCCGGGCCCAUGAUUAGGAUCAAGGCACGCUAUCAGAGUAUGAACAUCCUUCCCAUGGAGAUGUACAAGGAGUUUGCCGAGUACACCACCAACAACUACAUGCUGCUUUGCUCGGUGCUCGAGCCCGGGAUUAGCGUCAAGAACAAGGAGGAGAUGGCGUGUGCGCUGGUCCACAUUCUACAGAGCACCGGCAAGGCCAAGGACUUCCUCACAGACCUGAUGAUGUCAGAGGUGGAUCGUUGCGGGGAGAACGAGCACCUCAUCUUCAGAGAGAACACGCUGGCGACGAAGGCCAUCGAGGAAUACCUCAAACUGGUGGGGCAGAAGUACCUGCAGGACGCCCUGGGUGAGUUCAUUAAGGCUCUGUACGAGUCAGAUGAGAACUGUGAGGUGGAUCCGUCCAGGUGCUCCUCAGGUGACCUGCACGAACACCAGAGCAACCUGAAGAUGUGCUGUGAGCUGGCCUUCUGCAAAAUCAUCAACUCGUACUGCGUCUUUCCACGAGAACUGAAAGAGGUCUUUGCGUCAUGGCGGCAGGAAUGCAGCAACCGGGGUCGACCGGACAUCAGUGAGCGUUUGAUCAGCGCUUCCUUGUUCCUGCGCUUUCUCUGUCCGGCCAUCAUGUCCCCAUCGCUUUUCAACUUGAUGCAGGAGUAUCCAGACGACCGCACGGCACGCACGCUCACGCUCAUCGCUAAAGUCACGCAGAACCUGGCAAACUUCACCAAAUUUGGUAACAAGGAAGAGUACAUGUCCUUCAUGAACCAGUUCCUGGAGCACGAGUGGACCAAUAUGCAGCGCUUCCUGCUCGAAAUCUCGAACCCGGAGACGAUCUCCAACACGGCAGGCUUCGAGGGGUACAUCGACCUCGGCAGGGAACUCUCCACCCUGCACUCCCUCCUCUCUGAGGUGGUGUCCCAGAUGGACCAGAGUGCAGCAUCCAAGCUGGGUCCUCUGCCCAGGAUCCUGCGGGAGGUGAACACGGCUCUGUCUAACCCGUCCUGCGUCACGAUGUCACCCGGACAGUCCUCGGAGCACAUGGCCUCGCCUCCCGCUGAGGCGGGCUGCAGCAUCUCCACCGGCCUGCAGAAGAUGGUCAUAGACAAUGAGCUAUCAGGGUUAGUUGACUUCACCAGGUUGCCCUCCCCUACCCCGGAAAAUAAGGACCUAUUCUUUGUGACAAGGAGCUCAGGGAUCCAGCCUUCCCCAGCACGCAGUUCAAGUUACUCUGAGACCAAUGAACCUGACCUGGGCAUGGCCAAUGGCAGCAAGAGUCUGUCCAUGGUGGACCUCCAGGACCCCCGCAGUCUGGAAGGUGGCCCGGGUCCAAGCUCCUCAGACACCCUGGGUGAAGGCCCAAUCCUUGGGGGAGGGUGGUCAGCCAGAGUCCCACAGGGCAACAUCCCUGGAGGUCCUACUCUGAGGAGGCCAGGCCAGACCCCUCCGACCCUGACCACAGACAGCACCCCGGGCCGACCCGCCCAGCUACUAGCCCCCCUGUCCUUCCAAAACCCAGUCUACCAGAUGGCGGCCUGCCUGCCCGUGUCCCCUCGCGGAAUGACCGACUCAGGCUCGGAGUGCCACAGUUCUGUCAGUUCCCAUAGCAACAACGAGGAUGGACCAGCAGGAGGGAAGCAUGCCUUCUUGAACCACGGCGGAGGAGGAGGAGGUGGAGGAGGAGGAGGCGGAGGUGGCGGGAGCAGCGGGGACGAGUACACCAGGCGUUCGGGGGAGUUCAACCGCCGACAGCUGUCCCUCACAGAAACACAGCACCAGCCCACCGUCCCCAGACAGAACAGUGCCGGCCCCCAGCGGAGGAUAGACCAACCUCCGCCUCAGAGCAUUACCCGGGGCCGCACACCCCCAAAUCUGCUCAACAGCGGACCCUACCCCCGACCCUCCUCUGGCAACAUGAUGACAUCGUCACCCGACUGGCCUGGCAGCGGCGCGCGGUUGCGACAGCAGUCCUCUUCCUCCAAAGGGGACAGUCCUGAGACCAAGCAGAGGGCUCAGCACAAACAGGCCCCCUCCCCAGUGAACCCCAGUGCGCUGGACCGCACAGCAGCCUGGCUAUUGAAUAUGAAUGUGCAGUAUUUAGACCAUGAGGGGAUGGAGCCCGAGUCACUGAGAAACAGAGAGGAUCUGACUCAGGUGGAGAAGUAUCAGCAGGAGAUCGCAAUGCUGCAGGAGAAGCUGCGGUCGUCGGUGCAGAAGCUGGAAGAGUACGAGGGCCGUCUGAAGGGUCAGGACGAUCAGGCCCAGAAGGUGCUGAUGGAGUACCAGGCCAGGCUGGAGGAGUCGGAGGAGCGCCUGCGCAGACAGCAGGACGACAAGGACCUCCAGAUGAAGGGCAUCAUCAGCAGGUUGAUGUCGGUGGAGGAGGAGCUUAAGAAGGAUCACUCAGACAUGCAGGCGGUGGUGGACUCUAAACAGAAGAUCAUUGACGCACAGGAGAAGCGCAUAGCAUCUUUGGAUGCAGCCAACGCCCGUCUGAUGAGCGCUCUGACCCAGCUGAAGGAGCGCUACAGCAUGCAGACCCGCAACGGCAUCUCACCCACCAACCCCACCAAACUGCAGAUAACCGAAAACGGGGAGUUCAGAAACAGCAGCAAUUGUUAGGCUACUCUGCCCCCCCCCCCCCCCCCCGAGUGAUUGAGUGCCUGCGUGUGUACAGUUAUUCAGAGAGAGGACGUUCACGUGCAUGCACGGCUGCAUGCCUGUUUGAGAGACCGCGAGGGUGCGCGUGCGCUUUUUAAAAAGCGAACAUAGUACUUUUGGAAGACAUUUCAACCUUUUUGGACACCAGUGCGGGAGUGAGCGGGCCAACCGGAAGAGGCGGGACUUAAGCGUGACAGACAGAAACACCCCCAAGAGAGCAAGAUCACCAGACGGCCUUCGUUACAAGGGAGACGGCCAGAGGAGGCGGGGCAGAGCUUGUACAUAUGAGACUUAAAGCUGUCCAUCAGUCAUACUCUUUGCCCGUGUAUGUAUGCAGUCGCUGGGACAAUUGAAGUCCCCGCCCACGCCUGGGACAAACCACUAUAUAACCACACACAGUGACAACCGGCAGACACGGUCACUCUAGCAACCCUCCUCUCCUCCUCUCUCACUUUAUUCUUCUCCCUCUCGACGACCAAGCGGACCCACUUAAACAACAAUCACGCGCAUUGAGGAUUAUCCUCUUGAGAGGAUUACUUUGCUUUAUUUCAAAGUCAUAGUUUAUAAAGAACCAAAUAGGAGCUAAAGAAUAUAGAUAUUUUUUGUCCCAAAUUAUCUUUAUGUCCCUUUUGACUUCUUGGGUGUGUUCCCGAUGCGCUCCCCCCCUCCCCUCCCCUCCAUCCCUAUGUAGUGCACUUUGUGAGACGCUAUUGGUACAUGAAACGCCUUAAUAAGUAAGGAACACACCUCGACUUUAUCCCACAGCUCCCCUAUUUCUGCAAAAAAAAAAAAAAGGCACAACUUAAACUGUGGAUUUGUAAAGGAUAGGAACAUAAAAUUAUACACACAUAAAUGUAUUAUGAACACUAAAGUAAAUGAAUUCUACGUGAUACUAUAUUAAUGAAAUUUAAUAUAGAUGUAUGCAUUUCUUUUCUUCGAUAGAGUAUACACACACAUAUCUAUAUUUGAUAAUCUCAAAUAUAAAAGCAGCCCUUUAUUUAGGAGUGAGAUCUAGUUUUAUUUUUCUUCUCUCGUGAUGAAAGACUGUGGUGUGUAGCUUGCUUUAGAGCCCUGGAGGAGUCGAUCGCACCGAGCAGUGAUCAGCACCAGCGUCUCAGUCACCCAUUUCAAAUCUCCACCAUGCUUAACCCUUUACAUGCAGUAUGCACUACAUUAGAGAGAAAAUGUCUGUACAGUAGUUCUAACAGCUGCGGCAUAGCUUGCACAGUGAUCACUUCUUCUUCUGGUGCUUAUCAUUGCUCCCGAAAGACACAGAUCAGUCAAACCCAGAUUUACAAUUAUAGUUUGAGUCAUGUGUGUGUGUGUGUGCGCGUGUGUGUGUGUGAUCUUCUCACUCUAGUAGCACAAUAGUUAUUGAGAGACAUGUGUUCAGACACUCUCACUCAUCCUGUACACUGGACUGGUGAGCCGUUGUAAAGAUGGCCUCCUUAGUUACAACAUUUUCUCUCUUAACUGCUUUGUUUGUCAGUGGUAAUGAAGUAUGCUGCAUCCAAACUGUGACUCUAUUAAUCCUAGUGGCAUCAUCUCUCUCCUCUCUUUUCUUUUACUCACCUUCAUCCCUCGUUCUUCCCGAAUGUGAAGCUGCUGACUCACAGUUGGUCUUAACAUGGGGUUUGGUCCGUCUACUCUCCCCUCGCAUUGCUCUCAUUGCUCUCACACCAUCUCAGCAUCUGUAUUUUGUAUAUUUUUGUAUUCAUUUUUUUCUUACCUGUAACAGACUGUACACAUCCAGUGUGAGGCUCUGCAUGCUUCAUCCUCCCUCUAGAGCCAACGGUCGUGUCUUUAAACACUAUUUGUUUUCUUUAGUUUCCGAUUCCAAGGUGAUGAUGACGAUGAUGAAUGCUUUGCUGCAGACAUAUACAGUAAAUAUAUGAUAACCGAGUGCAUCAAGAGGCUGGACGGCCUGGGAACGUGUAAAUAAAAUGCUCACACUAUUUUUACCUAAUGUUAACAGAGCUUUUUGUAAAUGUAUCUUGUGCUCAACCUCUGCUGUAUCAUUAUGGAUAUUGUAAAUACAGAAUAGCUCAGUCAGUCAUCUGUCCUCAUUGGGUAGAACUAUACAAUUAAAUUAACCUUUCAGUGUUCUCCCGGUUAACGCUAUUGUUUUUGUGUUUAGAGUGUAAUAUCACGAGCCAAAAAAAAAACUGAUUAAGUAGGAGUUGGGAAGUUGUGGAGGAGGCCACACAAUCCCGCGUUUCCCUUCAGUCUAGCUCUUUGCACUUUUACGUUCAGUGGUUGGUGUUCAUAAUGAGCUUCUUCUUUUCAGCACAGCACCUGUUUCAGGUGUUUAAAAAUGUGGCAAAGUUCGAAACUGAAGAAAGGGACUUUUGGUAUUGCUCUUUCACAAAUGGUUGUGUCGGAUAAACAGAACUGUUUAACUUGUUCCUGCUUGAAUAGAUAGGAAUAGCCUCAGACCACAGACUGUAUACGGUCUCUGCCUCAGACUGGAGAAUCGUGUUGCAGAAAGAAAAGAGAGAUGUAGGACUUUCCUCCUCAUCAUAUCGGUCCUUAAACAAUAUUGUAUAACUGCAGGGAUUCAAGUGAGACAAUGUAACUUUUGACAGAGACAUAAUACAUUAAUUUCUUUAAAAAGAAUAGCUUUUACCAAGCUAUUGUUUGCUGUUGUGCUCUUGUGAACUACGGUUGGCAUAAUAGUAGUUUUAACAUUUAGCAAUGGGCAGUUGUUCAUCAAAAGAUUCAUUGUCUUUCUUUUAAACUGGUCUACAAUGAUACAAGUUACCCGAUGAGGCUGUCACGUAUGUGCACAUCUAGGGCCGACAACAAGUAAAGAGGAAGAGGCUCCCCCAGUCGGUUUAUCCCAUCCAUGUUCCCACCUCAGUUUUUUACAAGUCUGAAAACCAUGAGCUCACUUUCCAAACAGUUAAGCCAGUCAGACAAAAGAUCAAUCAAAAAUAUAAAGCUAUAAAUAAAGUAAAAGAUGUUGUAUGUUUUCUAUUAUCUUGUAGAAAAUACUUUUGUAAGUAUGUUGAAAGUAUAAAGUAUUUGCUGGAUUCUGCUUCCUUUGACGACAGUGACAAAACAAUAAUGUACAGAGGAAUUUGUGUUGACAAAAUGUGGCUGUGCAAUUUAUGUACAUUUGCAACUAGACCUAUUAAAGUUUUAUUUAGCUAUUUUAAAA